AUGUUGACGUUAGCGGUAGUAUUACUGAUUCCAUUAGCGACGACAACGACAUCCUCGUUUUUGAAAACACAUGAUGGAAUGACUGUUCCUGCGUACCGGAGAAAUCAUCCCUUCUUGAUAAUGGGUACAAUGCUGCAAUUAAUGGGAGUAAUAAUUGCUAUGAAUGAUAUCGCAUUUUUUAUUAUUUCCGUUUUUUGUAAUCUUCAGUCACGCUUGCGCCUGAGUGUAAUGGGCAGCAAAAGGCUUUUCCCAGAAGUUUGGGCAGACGACGAUCAGAUGUCUGGACUUAUGUCCAUGAUAAAAGUAAGAGAAGUGAAUCCGAAUGAUUAUGAUCGAAAGGUAGAAUUUUGGUCUGAUAUGAUUGCAAAAUCAUGUGAUAUUGAGAAAAAUUCAAUCUUCACUAUCGAUAUAUUGAAACGACGUUUUCGACGGGGUGAUCAACUACCGGGUUCUCUUGAUGUUAUUAUUCAACAUAUGCUUGAUACAGGUGAAAUUAUCACACUGGAUGAUUAUAAAGCCCGAAAUCAGAAUUGGCUUCAGCGAAGAUACAAGUCAUUCGUGGGAAGUUUAUUGGGUGCGACCAGUGAUAACCAGACAGAAUACGUUCACCUCCCAACCGUUCAAAAACAUGCUGACAAUAUGUUGGAAUUUUUCCGAAGCGAAUAUGCUGUUGAUGAUGAUAUGCUACCGGAAAUCGUCGAUUCGGCAGAGUUUUUUGACGAAUGCAAAAAUUUGGUUGCUAACAAGAAAGCUUACGACGUCGCGCUAACAGAACUUGUUAAUCGAGGCGAAAUAACGAUAGGUUCAUCUAAAAUAGGUGAGGAAAUUCUGAAGUUCCGUGACAAUAGCGCUCGUGGUCCUAUAAAGUGGACGGAAUCUGAUGCCAGUGUCCACGAUAUGAGGAGAGCGAUGAGCAAAUUAGAACAUGAAAUCAAACGUUUGGAACUGAAAGCGAAGAAGGCUGAACAAGAUGCUCGCCUGUACAUACGUCAAGGUGAUAAGAAUCAUGCUGCUCAUUAUUUACGUCAAAAGAAACGAGCCCUAAAGGAAGUUGAAGCUAAAGAUAAUCAAUAUCAAAGGCUUCUGGAAAUGAUGCAACAAUUAGGACGAACAAAGCAAAAUAAACAAAUUUUGGAUGCAUACAAAGCUGGUGCUGAUGCUUUUAAAGCUACUUUGCAAAGGCAAGGUAUUUCUCCUGAAGAGAUUGAUGAAACUAUGGAUAAUAUCGGUGAUGCAAUGGCAACUGCGGAAGAAAUUCAGGAUGCUAUUGCUGCAGGUGUACCAAUGUCGGCUACUGAUGAACUGGAAGCUGAAUUAAAUGCUAUACUUGCCGAAGACAAUAGUGAGAUAGAUUUAAUGAUUAAGAAUUUACCGGACAUAUCACCAGAAAAAUCUUCUGCAGCAGGUUCUGUUAAAACUGCUAAGGUUACUGUAGAUGAUUCAAUCGCAGCACGUCUGAAAAGGUUGCGUGAAGCUGCUUUACCGUAA